AUGGCGAGCCUUGCCCUUCAAGCAAAUGGUGACGAGGCGCGCUACUGGGGCCUUGCAGCCACAGAGGCUUCCGCGAACGGCUACUAUGAGCCAUUGCCUCAAGCGCCUUUCUACUUGGACUUCUUCGAGUCAGCAGAUGGCACUGGGGAGGCCUUGCCAGCGGACGAGGUUUAUGUUCAGGGCCUCAUCAGCCCUGGCGUCAAGAUCGAGCAGAGCAAUCGAGGGCGACACUUCCUUCAGUACAAGCCAAAUCAGCAGAACUGGGGCGUGUCUUGGACGGAGCAUCAAGUGCCACUGAUCUACCGGGACCUCGGCAGUGAGAAGGUCAUCCGCUCAGCAAGACAUGGGGCGCGGCCGAACCACGUGCCCCAGGAGGCCCUGAUCGUUGCCAGCAACGAUGGCAUCGUUUGGUACGCGAGGUUCCGGGCAACCGGUGACUCAGCCCGCGAGCUCAUCAACCAGCCAGUGCAAUGCAAGGACCCACUCUUCGUGCCUGAGCCCGAAGAAGGCUCCGAAGACGAGGUCCUGCCCAUGCGGAAACACGCCCUGUGGGUUGGUGGAGAUUCGGUGAAGAGCUUCUGGGGCAGGAACCCAUUUGAGGCAAGGCUCAACAAAUCUCUCGUCGAUGGAAAGUGGCACAGCAUCAUGUCAACGUUUGACGGCGUGACGCAGAAACUCUGGGUGGACCACACUCUGCUGGCAAUGAAGGGUGCCAAGAACUUCCUCAGCAUUCUCCAGACCUCCAACUUCUGCGUUGGCUCCCGCGAGGAUGGCGAGGAAGCUUUCCCUGGAGAGCUGCGGAACCUCCAGAUCUUCGCAGAAGCCAAAACGCCAGGCUCUGUUCAGGCCGAUAUGAAUUUGGCGCUGGUAGGGACGAGCAGCAUGAGCUCCACGCUGAACGUCGGAACCGAAGGCGCCCUCAACGAUGGCUCCUUAGAGUCUCGGGCCAUCUCUGUUGACGAGAAGAAUCCCUGGGUGCAGGUGGAUCUGGGCAGUCCCAUGCCCAUUGGCAGAAUCCAGCUCGAGAAUGUGGAUGUGGACCAGUGCGCAUCCAGGCUCUUCCUUGGUACAGAGUGCAGCUGGGACUAUGACAUUGGCAACUAUUCUGCUGCGGACCAGGGCGCAAACAUUGGCAUUAGUCUGACGCCCUGUGAAGGCGACGUUUGCGGCGGGGUCAUCUGCACCCGGAUCACGGGCAGCAACCGCAAUGGCACCGGGCAAACUUAUGCUGGAAACUGCCAGGGCCGCCACGGACGGUAUGUCUACGUCCAGCUUCCUGGGGCAAGUCGCAUUCUUGACCUGCGAGAGCUCCGCAUCUUCAAGGCGGCCAGCGCAGCCAGCGUCGGCGAGACGGUCCUCUGCGCGGAUGGCAGUACCUCCUGCUCAGGAGAUGUUUGCUGCCCAGGCUUCGAGGCCACUGGCUUCAAGAGUUAUCCGUGCCCUUCGGCCCACGACACCUUCAUGACGUGCCAGAUCAAGACGAAGGUUACCAAUGCCUUGGCCAACGUGUCACGUCAAGAGUCUGACGACCAACUAGAGGAGAACCUCACACUGAACGCCACCGUGGCUGCGGCACCUGAAGGCAAACGUGUCUUCGUGCCCAUGGAUGGCGGCGUGGGCCGCGCUUGCCGCGGAGCACACCCGCAAGACUGGCGAGGCUCUUACGUGGUAAAGCAUCGUGGACGCAGCCUGGAAAUGUGCAAGCUCAUCUGCAGGAGUCAUCCGCUUUGCCAGGGCAUUGAAUACAACGACGACUGCGAGAUGUGGGUUCGUGCAGAGGGCAUCGGCGCUUCGGUGGCUUACGAGGGCCAAGCUCGCUUCUCCACGUGCCUGCGCUUAGUCCCGCAGGACCUGGCCCCCGAGACCCGCUUCACCAGCCAGCAGGGCCGCAAGUGCCGAAAGAAGCCAUACACCAUGGACCAAGCCGCUGGAUGCAACGGCUGGAAAGGUUUGACAAUCGAAGGCUGCAAGGAGAAGUGUCGCAUGAACAGCAUCGCAGAGAAGUGCCCAGCGAAGCUUUGCGCAGCUGCCGUCUUCUUCACGAGCUCUGGCUUUUGCCACCUCUACGAUGACUGCGAGGAAACAGAGCCAGACCGGAGCGCCUUGCUACUCCAGCGGGAGGUGACGGCAUUGCAGGCAUGGCCUGGCCUCGUCGCAAAGGGCGAGGAAGUCAACCUGAAUCCUGGCAUGUUCGACUUCGGCGCGGGUCCUCAGUCGUUCAGCAUCCUUGUCGGGCUUUCGAACGUCAAGCUGAAGAAGAUUCAAGGUGAAGUGCAGGGCCCCAUCCUGAGCAAAUUGAGCACAGGACGAGGCCAAAGAUACUGGUCGGAUGCCCGUGGGUGGGAGUUCGGCGUCAUCUACGACAAGAAGUGCCGAUGUCGAUUGCUGCGCUUCGUUUUCCGCACAGCCUCCGGUCACACGUUCUUCGGCUAUGGCACAACUCCUCUAACCGGGGCCGAGGUGGAAGUUGCCAUGUCUUUCGACGCCAAGGAUUUCAAGAUCACCAUGUGGGUCAAUGGCAAAGAGGAGAAGGUGGGGCAGCGGCCGCAGUGGUAUCGCAACCGCUUCGCCGGCGACUUCUCAUCUCGCGCGAAGCUGACGAUCGGACGUCGAAGCGGUGGCUCCUGGCUCUUCGAGGGUCCCUUGGAGUUUGUCACGGCGUGGGGCAGAAGGGAAAGCCAGCUAUUCAAUGCGGUUCUGUACCGUGGGGUGCUGGAGGACAAGGACUUCGCUGGCGUGGAGGUGACGGCUCUGAAGCGCCAGUUUGUGGGAGUUGGCAAGACGCUGAACGACGACUGGAUCCAGGUGAGGUCGUCCCUACUUGAGAGAUCGAAGGCGGGGGGGAGAAGGGCAGCGGGAAACUGGAGCGAGGCCGUGCCCUGCAAGGGUUGCAGCCGCUAUACCCAGCACCGUGUUGGGGGAGUGUGCCAGUACGACAAGUCCAAGAGCGUGUGUGCCGUGUGCAUGCCGCCAGACGAAGGAGUCUUCAAUUGUCAGUGUGGCCGGCGCUUUCCGCACACCUGCGUCCCAUGUGGGAAAGAAGACCUGUGCUCGUCGCUGGCCAACGAGCCUCCUCUGGAACUCGGGCGCGCCACGAUGCAUGGUGUCAGCUUCCACCUGACCUGUCAAUCCUCUGGGACUGUGCGUCUCCAGGCACAGGUGGUGGCGCCCUACGGUGGUUCCGAUGUGUUCUAUCUUUCCAUGGGAGGCUGCCCAUCGUGGAGGUGGUUUCUGCAUUCCGGCUGGGGCACAAACUGCGCUGAGGAUGACAGCUGUGCCUACCAAGACGAGCCUCGCUGGAGCACGGAGUCGGAGCCGUGCAAGCUACGCGAGGGCAAGCACUUUGUCACCUUCCGGCCAUCGCAUCCGGGUGAUCUCAAGUUGACGAGGCUGCGGCUGUCAAGUGGCUCAGACUUUUGCUCGUUUGAGCCGCUCCCCCCCGAGACCACCACAACCACGACGACCUACACAUCGCCGCCGUACUUGCAAGGCGCCUGCCCGUCCGAAGCAGAAGACGCCACGGAUUUCAACAAUUGCCCUUUCCGAUACUAUGUCAUGGAAGUUCUUUCUACUGCUGGGGAUGAGGCAGCGUGGAAGAUCGGCGAGUUGCGGCUCUACUACCUCAAUGCCAGAGGGCGGCUCCAGAAGUUUCCAAGCUCAGAUGUGCGCGCAGAGCUCAUCCAGGACGAUGCAGAGACACGAGGCUGCGAAGCAAGCAAUGCUUCCAAUGCCUUUGACUUGUCCGUCUUCAGUGGCCUCUGCUCGCCGAACAGGAUGAUCAAGCUGAGAUUAGACCUGGGCCGGGGAGUGGCAAUCACGAAGUACACAGUGGUCCGGCAGAAGCUCUGGGGGUCUGUGGACGGAGCAACAGCGAGCGACAUGACGUCGCUUUCCACGGCGGUGAAGCUCAGCGAUGUGUCCGAGGCGCACUUUCCAUCGGCCCGCUGGAUGUGCGAUCCUCCGUGGAGUUUGCCGCGGAAGCGAGGCUACCACUGCAUGGCAACAACCACGACCACGACCACAGAGCAGGUGGAGGUGAUGACCUCGACUACGACGACCACCACCCCUAUGGUCAAGAAAGAUCGGUGCUUCUACAGAUAUUAUGCGCUACAAGUUCUGCAGGCCAAUGACGAGAAGGCAGCAACGUGGCAAUUGGCAGAGGUUGAGCUCAGACAGAAUGGCAAGGCCUUGCUGUUGCCAAAGUCACGCGGGUCAGCGUGGUUUGUCCACGGUCGGGCGUCGAGGCCUUCACCUGAUCUACUUGAUGGCACGGAAGCAUUCAACGUCCUGGACGGAAAUCUGGCAACAGUGGCGCAGCCGGAUGGUGGGUUCUCCGCAAACUACACUUCUCUGCAGCUAGCACUCGGACAGCGUGUUCGCGUGGCGCGAAGUAGUUCCACUUUCGACUAUGCGGCACCACAUUUCUGCAUGGACAACGACGAGGACACCCGCUGCAGCACUGCCUGGAACGGAGGUUCGGGCGAGCUGAACCCGUGGUGGCAGGUGGACCUUGGGAUCCGCGAGGCUGUGGAGAUUGUUGCGCUGCUCAGCCAUCCUGAUGGUUGUGAAGCGCGCUAUGGCGUGGACGUUGGAGACCUGUGCACACCCACGGGUGCCGUCGUUAGCAUCAGUGACGUGUCUUGUGCAGGCCACACUUGCCCUGGCGAGCCAUGUGGAAAGUUAGAGGUCAAAGGCAAGGACAACUGGUACUAUGUCUCCUGCGAGGGCAAGGUGGGCCGGUACGUCCAGGUGCAGCUUAAGGGCCAGAGGGUCCUCAACUUCCGCGAGUUCCGCCUCCUGGACAAGGACAUGCUCACUGAUGUGGACUUGCCGCAGCCCUCACAGAAGUCGGCCAUGGACUACUUUGUCCGAGCGGAUCGCAAUGGUUACUAUGACACGCGUUGUCAUGAGAACCUCGCCAGCACCAUCCGCGGCUCCAGCAAAGAGAAGCUGGAGGAGUGUGCACAAGCAUGCCUCAACCAUGGAGACUGCGGAGGCUUCUCUGACUACAGCGGCAUGGCCUGCGUCGCGGGCCGAGAUUCGCUCUGCAUCAUAGUGCAACAAAACAACAUCUCAAACAGGCCUGUCAGCAAGCUAACGCAGUUCCCCCCAAUUUCUCUGAGUGCUCUCAGUGAUGCCGGGAAUAUUCACAGGUAA